UUAAGGCGAUAAAUGACGAGGGAAUGCCUAUGUACUCGACCUUUCUUGAGAGGGAAAUUGUACAUUCACUACACUGUGGAAUUCCCAGACUCCAUGACUCCAGAACAGUGCAAGGCUCUCGAGGUUGUGCUGCCUCCAAAGCCUUCAAUGCAGAUGUCGGAUAUGGAGUUGGAUGAAUGUGAGGAGACUACUCUGCAUGAUGUGAACAUGGAGGAGGAUAUGCGGCGGAAGCAUCAGCAGGCCCAAGAAUCAUAUGAUGAAGACGAAGACAUGCAUGGUGGUGCCCAGAGAAUGCAAUGUGCUCAGCAAUGAUGAUAUUCAGUGACAAAUUGAUGGGUAUAAUUUGUUACCACUAAAAAUUACUACUUGCAAUAGCACAUUU